UGCAUUUUUCUUUGAUUACGAGCUGAGCACAUAAAACAGAUAUAUGCAAAAAUUUUCGUUUACAAUACAAUUUUGAUAAACAGUUUUGAUAAACACAAACGAAUUGAGAGACAAUCAAGGUAUUUCUCACAAGUCAGAUUCAAAAAACAAUUUUUCAACAUGUCAAGCAGGAGAGAACGUAAACAAUGAUUUUUCCAAAUCAAUCUAUCUAUCUACCAUAGUCUAUGUUGCUAAACCAUAACUGAAUAUGCUUUUACAUUCUGCAAGUGCCUUGCACUUUUUAAAAUAAAAUCAAAAAAAUCAUACGUAACGCCCUUUAUGAACGGUCAAUUAUUGUUUUUCAAUAGCAACAGUCAUCGCGAAUAUAUUUAAUCAACAAAAACAAACGACAACAAUAACAAAUUGGGCUUGUCUUCUAUCAAUGAUUAUACUAUUCUUUGUUGUUGUUGUUUGUUAUUGUCGUUGGUGAUAUUUAACUUUUAGUGUGUGUCUUAUAAUAUUGAAAUUCGCUCAAUCCCGAAAAAAAAAUUUUAAACGAUAAAAAUGGAAUGGCUAUUUGGUAAACGAAAAACUCCCGAAGAAAUGAUGCGUCAAAAUCAACGUGCCCUUAAUAAAGCGAUGCGUGAUCUUGAUCGUGAACGUGGUAAAAUGGAAAUGCAAGAAAAGAAAUUAAUUUCUGAUAUCAAAAAAAUGGCCAAAGAUAAUCAAAUGGAUGCCGUAAAAAUUAUGGCCAAAGAUUUGGUUCGUACUAGACGUUAUGUGAAAAAAUUCAUUAUGAUGCGUGCCAAUAUACAGGCCGUAUCAUUGAAAAUACAAACAUUACGAUCACAGAAUGCAAUGGCACAAGCAAUGCGUGGCGUUACGAAAGCAAUGCAAUCAAUGAAUCGUCAAAUGAAUCUACCACAAAUUCAACGUAUAAUGCAAGAUUUUGAAAAACAAUCCGAUAUGAUGGACAUGAAAGAAGAAAUGAUGAGCGAUGUAAUCGAUGAUGUUAUCGGUGAUGAAGAAGAUGAAGAAGAAUCCGAUGCUGUUGUAUCACAGAUUCUAGAUGAAUUAGGUGUACAAUUGAAUCAAAAAUUAAGUGAUCUACCAACAGCUAAUAGUACAUUAAAUGCAGAAAAAUCCAAAGCUAAACAAGGUCCAGUACCAGCCGCUGAAGGUGCCGGUGGUGCACCAUUAGAUGAUGCUGAUGCCGAUCUACAAGCACGUCUUGAAAAUCUACGUCGUGGAUGAUGGAUUCAAUCCAAGAGAAAAAAAAACAUUAAAUUUUUCAAAUUUUCACUUUAAUUUCUUUCGUUGUUGUUGUCACUGUUUUUUUUUCGUCAAAUCAGCUUCAUAAUUAUAAAUAUACAAAAUUUCAAACACACACACACACACAAUUCUUCCUAACUAACAAUUUGAUAUUGAAUAAAAUUUGUUUUUAUUUACAA